UUGAAGACGCCGGCUGCUAGUCGGGGUUGUGGAGGGACGGGUUCUGUGGCAUUUGGGAAGACGAAGUGGCAGCGAUUCGUCUCUUCCCGAUCGCUGUCGCUGCCAAUCCUUGCUGCGGUUUCGUUGUUUUUCUUCGCAUCCAAGCUCUGCUCUGCACUCUACAGUGCGUCUACUCCAGUAGUUCACCUCACUCCUUCCAACUUCAAGUCCAAGGUUCUAAACUCCAAUGGAGUUGUCCUGGUUGAGUUCUACGCCCCUUGGUGUGGCCAUUGUCAAGCUCUUACACCAGCAUGGGAGAAAGCUGCCACAGUCUUGAAAGGUGUGGCCACCGUGGCAGCUGUUAAUGCUGACGAACACAAAGGGUCUUGCUCAGGUUCAUUGUUAUUCCAAUUGAUGCAUAUUGGACUCAUUUUGUGCGUGUUGCUGAGAAAGUUCUUGUGGGAAUAUGGAAUUCAAGGUUUUCCAACAAUAAAAGUGUUUUCUCCUGGCAAGCCACCUGUUAACUACCAAGGAGCUAGGGAGGCCAAACCCAUUGUGGAGUUUGGGCUCCAACAGAUAAAGGCGCUUCUCAAGGAUCGGUUGCAUGGAAAAUCAACCAGUGGUUCUAGUGAAAAAUCUGAACCAAAUGCCUCAGUAGAGUUGAACGCUCGCAACUUUGAUGAGUUGGUGAUGAAAAGUAAAGACCUCUGGAUUGUGGAAUUUUUCGCUCCUUGGUGUGGACACUGUAAAAAAUUGGCUCCUGAGUGGAAGAAGGCAGCUAGUAAUUUGAAGGGGAAGGUGAAACUGGGUCAUGUUGACUGCGACUCAGAGAAGUCUUUCAUGAGCAGAUUUAAUAUUCAAGGAUUUCCAACAAUCAAGGUAUUUGGUGCCGACAAAGACAGCCCAAUGCCAUACGAGGGUGCUAGAACAGCCUCAGCUAUAGAGUCAUUCGCGCUGGAGCAGCUGGAAACAAAUGUUGCACCUCCUGAAGUAACUGAGUUGACUGGCCCGGACGUCAUGGAGGAGAAGUGUGGUUCAGCUGCCAUCUGUUUCGUGUCAUUCUUGCCUGAUAUCUUAGACUCCAAGGCAGAAGGCAGGAACAAGUAUCUCGACCAAUUAUUAUCAGUUGCAGAGAAGUUCAGAAGAAGCCCCUACAGGCAAGCAGUCAAACUUUAUUUCUAUGUCUGGGCUGCUGCUGGCAAGCAACCAAAUCUUGAGAACAGCGUUGGUGUAGGUGGGUAUGGGUAUCCAGCUCUGGUUGCCUUGAACGUGAAGAAAGGAGUCUACGCCCCGCUUAAAAGUGCCUACGAGCUGGAAUACAUCAGAGAGUUCGUUAAGGAAGCAGGGCGCGGUGGAAAAGGAAACCUGCCACUGGAAGGAACACCAGAGAUCGUGAACACCGAGCCAUGGGAUGGUAAAGACGGGGAGAUCGUGGAAGAAGACGAGUUCUCGCUCGAAGAGUUGAUGGGUGAGGAUUCCGGGAGCAAAGACGAGUUGUGACCGCGAAUAGACGAAUCUUAAAUCGGCAGUUUUGGUGAUCAGACACAGACUAGUCUUUACUCUUUAGGUGGAAGUUAGACAUGAUGGGAGAGAUUAUCAUAUCAUUAUAUGCAACCCGUUCUAGCCAUUGAUUUUGAGGGCUGUAUAUGAAGAAUGACUUGUUGUUAGUGAUGGUUGUGUGUGACUCACUGUUGAAGUGGAAUUAUAGUGUGGUCAGUAAAACCACGUCACCCCACCAUUUUCACAAUCCAAUGCAAUUGAAGUUACUGCUAUUAUGUGGAAACGUCGUUUAUAAUGCAUAAG